AUGAAGGCCAGUGAGAUUGGGGAGAAUGUUGCAAGAAUGGUCAAAAUUAUGACUGGGAUGCAAUCCCCUUUACUCGAGGAAGAUGUGACAGACGAGACCCAGGCUUGGGACGAUUUACGAUUGAAUGCGGAAGCAGGCCCAAGCCAGCGAGCUGUGUUGUCACAAAUCAAAGAUGCUUUACAGGCCUCUAAAUACAAAGGAUAUGAGGCUCAGAGACAUGGCAUCGAGGAGAUCUGGGGUUGA